UUGUGGCGCUGAGACUGCAGGAUGUUGGAAUUGAUGGAAACCAGGCGGGCCAGUCUUUGACUUUGUUUCACAACGUCCAUAUAUUUCAGCUCUGUGGUCUCUUGCUUUCUGUGUUCUUCUAUAUCUCCUCAAAGGCAGUGCCUUGUUCUUAGUGGGGUGAAGCACCAGUUUGCUGCAAUCAGGAGUCUCAAUGGGGAGGACUCCAUGCUGUGAGAAGGCUAACGUGAAAAGAGGCCCUUGGUCACCUGAGGAGGACACCAAACUGAAGGAGUUCAUAGAGAAGUAUGGGAUUGGUGGGAACUGGAUUUCUCUCCCUCAGAAAGCUGGCCUGAAGAGAUGUGGGAAGAGCUGCAGGCUAAGAUGGCUCAACUAUUUGAGACCCAACAUAAAACAUGGCGAGUUCUCGGAAGAAGAAGACAGGAUCAUAUGCAGUCUUUUCACCACCAUUGGAAGCAGGUGGUCAAUCAUAGCUGCCCAGCUCCCAGGCAGGACGGACAACGACAUCAAGAACCACUGGAACACCAAGCUCAAGAAGAAGCUCCUGGGAAUCACUAAUCCUUCCCAUAGGAAACCUCGUCAGCAGAAGCAGCAUCAUCAAAAUCACCAACAGUACUGCCUCCCAUCCCCAUCUCCACCAUUACAAGGUCGAAGUCACACCACAACCACCACCACCACCACCGAUGGCUUUCCCUUCACCACUGCAACUUUUGGCCUCCUGGAAGUUCCAUAUGACCAACAUCAGAUAAAGGAGAGUAGUGCCAUGAUCACGUUGGGCAGUGACCAGACCUGCAGUUCUUCUGACGGAAGCUGCAGUACUAAGGCUGGCUAUGUUGGAGGAGGAGAUCGUAUGGACAUUGAUGGAUAUCUUUAUGGUGCUACUGAACUGGAGUACAGCUCCGAGGAGAUCAACCAGCUUCUGAUCUCCAUCCUGGGGUGCAGCAAUGGUGGCACGAACAGCAACAAUCUCUAUCUGGAUUACCCUACGGCCAAUGCAGGAAGAGAAGAACUCGAAGACCCACUGAACUACUGAUCAAUCCGUGACCAUAGAGGAAAAGGUCAUGAGAACAACUCCGUGGGUUGGAGAGAGUGAGGCUUGUUAAUCUCAUAUGCUGUCUGCACAAAUGCUACCUAAACAUGCUUUUCUUUAGGAUUAACGGUGUCAAACUAAGUUUCUUA